GGACUGUAAAGAGAGGGUUGUUUGCCCUUAAAUGAAAUCAGGACUAAUACUCGCCAGAUUCUUACCUGAUCUCAGCAGAUUUUUCAUCUGAAUUCUCCUUUCUUUGGUUGCAUUCUGGCUAGUAGUUCAAUACAAUGUUGCAUCUCAUUUUGUUAAUUAUAUGCUUUAUAGAAAAAUCAGAUUCUGCGAAAUUCAGUUUAUCCGUAAUCCCAGCAAACCAACCAGUACUUAUUGGUCAAAAAGUAAUUUUGAGGUGUCAGGUACAAGGAAUACGACUUUCAACAAAAUAUGCAGUGUUAUUUCGGCAUAAAGAAAACUUAAUCUCAGAGAAGUGUUUCGUGUACGAAGCACAAAAGUAUCACCUAAUAUGUGAGCCAGAUGAUUGGCAAAGAGCCGAAACUUAUGAAUUACAUAUUAAAUCGGUUUCUUGGGCAGAUCGUGGUAAUUGGUCGUGUAUUUAUGCAGCAAAUAAGACCAUACAAACUCUUGAAGUAUAUGCACCAGCUAAAUUGGAAAAGAUGCGUGUUUCAAGUUUAACAUCAUUGCCUGUGGCAAACAAAGAAAGUAUGAUCAAAGACUCCAGUUCACCUUCAGAAUUAUCAUCUCCAUCGUCUUUGGCUACGGCUGGAUUGGAUUCAGCUUUAUCUAUCAUUGGCACACCACCUAGUCAACAUAUCGGCUUAGGCACUCGAACUAAUCCGUAUGAUUUACGUUCAGGACUAGGAAUUCAGCUUACUUGUGAAACAACUUGUGGACAUCCUCGAGCCAAUAUAACUUGGCUAGUCAUGAAUGAGACAAUGACUAAAGCAAUUAUGCCCACGAAUCCAAAUAAAAUUCAUGAAAAUGUUUGUAGUAAUUCACCAAAUACAAUCGAUAUGACAACUACUAAGUCAACUUUACAUGUUCAUUGCUCACAAUUAGAUAUUAUUGGUUUAAAUCAAGUUCAAUGUUCAGUGAAUGGACCACAAUAUAAAGAUACUUUAUUGACACGAAAUGUUUAUAUAUUAUGUGCUGAUAAAAAUGAAUUAGAAAAUUUAAAACAACCGCAAAAACAUCAAAUAACUACAAAUGAAAUCAAGCAAGAACGUGUACGGCGACGUACGUUUGUUGUAAAUUGCUCUCCAGCUUAUUCUAGACUAACUGAUAUAUGACUUCAUUUGAAAAAGACUCAUCUUCUCUUUAUGUUUGCAUGUUUCACAAAUGCUAAGUGGGAUGCUUUGUUUGUGUUGAUGAUGUGAUAAUUAGUUUGGUGAGAUUCUACUUUUCAUAAUAUGUUUGUUAGUUAUAAAUUGUUUAUUUUGUGUUUGCUUUCUUGCAUUCUUACUGUUUCACGUUUCAUACAGCAUGUUUGCAUGACACUUUUUUUCACUGUUAGUCGGUUACGUUCGUAAAUAGUGAAUAUGCAAAACAUUAACUAGACAGAUUAAAGAAUCUUUGUGACUUAGUGGCAAUAUCGAGGCAAUCAUCAUAGGAUCCACAUAUAAUAAACGAAACUGAUCAAUCACAGUCCAAAAUAUCAAUGGGAAGAUUUAAACAACCAAUAAAAAUGAAUUAGUCGUGGUUCUUCUAUGACCGAGAUAGAGCUGAUACAAUUUAUUACCUGUUUAAAUACGCUAUUUUGCUUCUCGCUUUUAUCCCAAUUUGUAGAAAGAUCGCAAACCUUUAACCUUAUCCUAACUUUCUUUUUCUCCAAUUUCAUUCUAGGUGGUGAAAGACCAAUGCGCUUAACAAGUGGUGAAGUUGUCGGCAUAGCUGUUGGUUCAGCAUUAGGUUUAAUUUUAGUAUUUAUUGGUUGUAUUAUUUGCGUAAUAAUGGGAAAUCAUCUCCUUUACCAUUUCAUGGUCAUAUACCCGGUCAACGUGUAUAGGAAAACAAGGAUUCCUUUUUUUUUCUCUCUGAUUUCAUUGUUCACAAUAAUAUCUGUUCUCAUUGUCUAUAUUGUACAAUUUUGUCAUUUUCUCUACAUACUACUGAUAAUGAUAAUCAUAGUAGUAGCAGUAGUAUUCUGUAUUGAUUGCAUUUAUAACAAUGCAUUCCCAUAAUUCAAUUGUUUUCUUCUUCUUUUUUAUUUAUUUAUUUUCCAAGUUCAUAUUAGCAUAAAUUUCAAUUUUGAUCAUUUUCAUAUUAUAAGUGGGUCUAUAUUUGUUUGCUUUUUAAGCAUAUAUUGCUUGAAUAAUUAUUUGUAUUGCAUUUUUGUGUUUUUUUUUAUCACAUAUCAUUUUAUUCUAAAGUCAAUUAAUUUCUAGUUACUUAUCUUCUCAUUUAAUAUUUCUAGUUUUAUGCAUUUUUAUCUGCGAUAAAAUGUUUUUAUAUAUUACGACUACUACUAAUAAUAAUAGUAGUACUAUUAUUAUUAUCAUUAUUGUGUACUCGUUAUGCUGAUAUUCCAAAGUCAAUGGAAUUUGUAUUGUCAUGAUUUUUCCGCUUGAUAUCAGUUUUUUCUACACAGCAAUUAACUAAAGGGAGGCAAACAUAAAACUUUGCAAAGUAUUUACUGUAAACGGAAUCUCUGGUAGAGAUAAUAAUAAAUAAUAAAAUGUACGUUUUCUGACAUCAUCUAGGAAUCAAUACCGAUUAUUCAACAUAUUAGGAUCUCAACUUUUUUUUUCUACUGGUAUUACAUUUGAACAUGUCAAUAUUGAUACUUCAACAAAUUGAAUUGUCCUUUUCUGGGUUACUGUUUUACUUUGUAUUUUUCUUUCAAAUGAUGUAAAUAGGUAAUAAUUUUUUUCGUUUUUUCUACUCUUUAUUGCGUAUGUAUGUAUGCUUUUGAUACUUUUGAAAUUUAUAUUCAUUCGUGUUCUACUAUCCUAUUAAAUUCUGUUUCAUAAGCUGUUUUAUUCGAAUUAAAACUUAUUAUUUCCAUUCCUCAAUGUUCUAUGAAAAUUUUAUUGGAAGGAAAAUUGUCGGUGGAACAGAAAUUUUGCUGAA